CGCGCUGCUCCCGCUUCCGGUUUCGCCGCGCGCUCUCGUUCCGCGUUUGCCCUUUCCCGUUUACAACAGAAACGGCAGCGCGCGCCCGGACCGCGAUCGAUCGGUAACAAACACCAGUCCUACACCUACAAAGAAAAAAGAAGCAAAAUGCGUUAUAUUCUGGAAGCCCCGCCAUUUCCAAAUAACUUGCUGAACUGGUUUAAUGUCUCCUCUGACACCGAAAGCAGACUUGUGGAGCGGAGUCGUUUUAGCGAAACAAAAAAGACAGAACUACACUUAAAGCCUUUUCUAAACUAACAGGUUGUGAGUAAACCCCGAUUUGCGAGAAGCGGAUAUUUCAGACAUACAUUUGGCUUUAGGUUGUGCGAUGAAACUGACCGAAACAAAGCCCAACUUGUUCUUCACACUGAUUCUGGCAUUUCACACCAUAGCUGUCCAAGCAGAAGCUUCUCGUGAUGAUGAUGAUGAAGUGAGGAUCCUGGCGGUGGGGGUCAGAGGUCAGUCCAGGUUCAUCGCUGCAGAUCUUCUGUCAGGAAGGAGAGACGGAGGACAGGAGGACGGAGAGAUUGUAAAGACUCCAGUAAUUACAGACGAGGCUGGAAGAACGAUGCUGGUCACCGGACCGAACCUCUGUGAGGAGGACGCAGAGAGACAGACCUUCACAACAGCGCUGUUCCACUCGACUCCUGGACCUCACGCCGUUUUAAUGGUCCUGAAUCUGGAAGAUCAACAAUCAGGACAGUGUGAUGUUAAGAAACGAGCCCAGGAGAUGCUGGGAGCAGAAGUCCUGCAGUACUGCAUUGUUCUUCUGAUCCAAAACCACCAGGAACCUUUCACGGGAGCGUCUGGAGAAAUGAUCGACGCUUGUGGAGGAAGAUUUCACAUAAUAAGAGACUCUGAGCCCAAACCAAAAGCUCUUAUAGCGGAAAUAAACAAGUUAGUUUGGCUCAACGAUCACAGAUUUCACUCGGUACCGAGACGAGAAGAGACCAGUCAAGAUGCGCAUGAACAACGUGACAGUGCAGCAGAAACUGCGCGAUGGGUUUUACUCAUUUUACUCAACGCCGCGUUCAUUUUCACUAAAGCAAGGCACGGACAUCUUCAUUACGUGGAAAUGCUAUUCGUACUCGCCAGUUUUACGGUCACCCUAAGAAACGUCCUCGAGCCAGAUGUUGCCGUUCCCUUGAAUCUGAUCCUGUCCUCCACUCUCACGGUGGCUGCCGCGUAUCACGACUUUGCGAAUUCACGCCGCGGACACCGAGUCGUCAUGUUUUUAGUCAUGAUCUUCACCUUUCCCAGUAUCGUGUUCAUAGCGGGCGUAGGACUGACCGUAGGGGCGUCUGUUAGCGUGCGCUCGUGGUCAGACGCGCUCGUAGCCUGCCACGCCGCUCCCGGGGUCACGCUCGGGGCUCAUUUAUACACCGUUUACUCCAUCAUACCCGAUCAAACGCGAGCUCGGACGACUCUGGCCUUCGCGUUCAAGUUACUCGUGUUUUGUUUUGCUGGAGUGACGCUCUCGAUGGGGUGUGUGGCCGUGUUCGCCCUGUUUGGUGUGGAGAGAACAGUAUUUCUGCUAAUAUUAGGAUUCGCGAAAGCAUUUUUCAGUUUGAAGAGCGACGCUGUGAAAUGUGUCGUUUUUUUCCUGAUUUUUCCAUGCUGUUGCGUACUUAUCGGUUUUUUAUUUUCAUUUUCAUGCCGUUUAUUAUUUUAUUACGCUUUCGCCGAUUUUGGAUCGUGAAGUUAAUACGCGAUAUGUGUUGAUGGGUCUUCAGCGAUGGGCUCUUGCAACGCACUCGUUUAUUUAAUUGGUUACCAUUUAACAUCGGGUACACACAGGACGUUUACUAUGCAAUGACAUCAGUUUUGUGAAUGGUUUUCAAACUGGAAUAAAAAUAGGAAACUUCAUGCAUAAUUUUGCACAAUUUCUGAAUUGUUUAGACGUAUUUUACUUGGUGUGCCGAAUGUCUCAAACACACUCC